AAAAUAUAAAUGCAAUAACAAUAACACAGGCCGACAUGAUUUUUGUAACACGAGUCAGUUGCAGAAUUUCUUCAUAAAAAUAUGCUUCUAAUAACAGAAAAAAUACUCCUGAAGCUCCUACACGUACCACUUUUCAGUUGCCUAAUUACGCCUCUUUUUUGCAGGUAGUCAAUUUUAUAGAUGUCAGGUAUUAAGUCUAGGUAGAUUCGUUUACAUACAGGUAAAUUUUAUGAUGGGAUGAUUGAAAGGGACGCAUUUUGUGCACUAUAAUAUAUUGUGAAAAACAUAAGAGAGUUCAGUUUUCAGUUGAUUUUCGACGUGAGUUGUUCUAUGCGUGUAGAUAAAUAGUACGAAAAUGUCAAGUCAAACGCGCCGCAGUUGUAAAGUGUCUCCUGAUCGAUUUUGUUACAUUUGUGGAGAAUUUAUGGUGCAAUCACAAGCCAGACCAUUUUCUGAAAAUGUGAAGAAAGCCUACUUCAAGUAUUUUGGAGUUUUGGUUGGAGAUCAAGACAAGCAGUGGGCUCCUCAUGUGUGCUGCGUUACUUGUAGCGUGUCGCUUGUGCAGUGGAUGAAAGGGAAGAGGAAAAAAUGCCAUUUGCGGUUCCAAUGGUAUGGCGAGAACCAACUAACCAUUUUGACGAUUGCUAUUUUUGCCUGACGAAAACUGAAGGUUUUUCCAAAAAACAAAAGCACAAGAUCGAGUAUCCCAAUUUGCCGUCUGCCAUACGACCUGUUCUUCAUGGUGCAGAUCUCCCAGUGCCGAUCGCGCCCUUAGACUGGCAAGGUAUUGUUUUGGAAGAUAAGGAAGAUAUUGAAUCAAACAGCUCUGGAGACCAGUGUACUGAUCCUACCUUUACCCCAGAGGGCGGUUCCGACAAGCCACAUUUGAUUGUUCAAAGCGAGUUGAAUGACUUAGUGCGUGACUUGGGGUUAUCAAAGCAGCAGUCAGAACUUCUUGGAUCCCGGCUUAAGGAAUGGAAUCUGUUAGCCAAUGAAACAAAAAUCACCACUUUUAGAAAAAGAAAUGCUCCGUUCUCUGCAUUCUACAGUAUGGAGGAUUCGUUGUGUGCAUGUACUGAUAUCGAUGGCUUAAUGCAGGAACUUUCUAUAGAACAUUCUCCCUGUGAGUGGCGCUUAUUCAUAGAUUCGUCGAAAUAUAGCCUAAAAGCUGUGUUAUUGCAUAACGGAAAUUUAAAACCCUCUAUACCAGUUGCCCAUUCAGUGACAAUGAAGGAAACUUAUGAAAAUAUGCGCAUGCUUUUAGAUAGAAUCAACUACAACAGGUAUAAAUGGCAGAUAUGUGGGGACUUGAAAGUUAUAGGAAUUUUAGUGGGACUUCAGGGAGGAUUUACAAAAUAUUGCUGUUUUCUUUGUUUGUGGGACAGUCGUGCAGUAAAUCAUCAUUAUGUACAGAAAAUUUGGCCAGAAAGAAGUGAAUUUCAACCGGGUUCCCAAAAUGUCAAGUAUAUCCCUCUUGUAGACCCCAAAGACGUCCUCCUGCCUCCUCUUCAUAUCAAACUUGGCCUCAUGAAAAACUUCGUGAAAGCUAUGAAUAAAGAAGGUGAUGGAUUUAAAUACCUAAGGCAAGUCUUUCCCCAGUUGAGUGAUGCCAAAUUGAAAGAGGGUAUUUUUAUUGGACCACAAAUCAGGAAAUUGUUGGACGACACAAAUUUCACAGACACGCUUACCAGGCAGGAACUCAGAGCAUGGACCUCAUUUGUUAGUGUAGUGAGGGGAUUUUUGGGAAACAAUAAGGAUGCGAACUACGAACAAUUGGUUAAUGAGCUUUUAGAUGCUUAUAAAUCGCUUGGUGCCCGAAUGUCUUUAAAAAUUCACUUUCUCCAUUCUCAUUUGUCAUUUUUCCCUGAAAAUAUGGGUGCUGUCAGUGAUGAGCAAGGUGAGAGAUUCCAUCAAGACAUAAGGACAAUGGAAAUUCGUUAUCAAGGACGAUGGGAUCCAGCCAUGAUGGGUGAUUACUGUUGGUUUUUGAAGAGAGAAGACGCGGUCCCUCAUAAAAGGAAAAAGUAAAAGUUUUUGUUUAUGUUUUGAUCUCGUUUCGAUUGUUUUUGUACUUUUUAGGUAUAAGUAAUGUUUGAGGAGUGUAAACUAUAAAAUAUAAUCGGUAUAUAGGCUUAAGAAGUUCUUAAAUCAUGUUUUGAAUAGCUAUCUUAAUAUAUUGAAUAUUGUAAUAUUGAAUGAUGUUUUAUUAAUGUAACAAAAAAACCUUACGUGUUACGACUUUUUUUUUGCCACUUUCGUGAUUAGAUAGGUUCAUUCU